CGCGUUCCUAGUCCUCGAGACUAGAAUCUCCAUGCACCCACCUGACGGCCUAAACUCGGAAAAUUUCCGCUCCCUUACCCUUCUCAAACUUUAUCGAUGAGAGAGUGAUUCCAUCUCGGGUGGCUGUGUGAUAGAUGGUCGUGCACACGUGACACACAAAUUACCUUGUUCCUUGACGCAGACUGAGAUGAGCACUGCCGCCACCGAAAACCCAGCCGUCAGCGACCAGACGAUUGACGAUGGCGAAGAAGAUUCUAAGGAAAUUUUGCUCAUGAAGCAGCGAGUUGCUGAAAUGGAGAAAGAAGCGAGCAAACUGCGGGAACUUCAAGCAGCAGCAGCUCUGGAAACGACUCUCACCGACACUGAUACGCCUAUGGAAACCGACGAGGAUAAGCCUAUGGCAGAUGCGCGCAGCGUAUACGUGGGCAACGUUGAUUACGGCGCUACUCCAGAAGAGAUUCAAGGUCAUUUCCAAGCCUGUGGAACUAUCAACCGGGUGACCAUCCUGUGCGACAAGUUCACUGGCCAUCCUAAAGGAUUUGCGUACGUGGAAUUUGCAGAACCAGAGCACAUUGAAGCGGCGUUGACCAUGGAUAACUCCCUGUUUCGUGGUCGGUUGAUCAAAGUUACUGCAAAACGUACAAAUAUUCCAGGCUUCAAUCGGGGACGCGGACGCGGUGGAUAUCGAGGGGGGUAUCGCGGUGGAUAUCGCGGAGGCGCAGGAUAUAGCCCGUACCGUGGUGGACGUGGCAGGGGCCGGGGACGUGGUUUCUAAAGUUACUUUUUUGUCGAGCCUUGUUACCAUGUUUGCUGCACCGAAAAAACCUACUACUUUGCCUGUAAUGCUAGCCAAAAUACAUAUUUUUUUUGCAAGUCUCGGCUCUGGACUAAAGGCUGAGAGUUUCUGAAGAACUGAACUUGUUGAAACCUCCAAGCCUGGUCGUGGUUGAAAGUCCUCAAUUCCACUUUCUGUCACGUGCCCUCCGAUUCUGUCUUCGGCCAACAUGCUCAAUUUCUUGCGCGGUGGAUGCAGGCAAUUAUCCACGACUGCUACCGCCUACCCUUUUUCAAAAACCGCGUCUGUGAUUUCUAAACCCUAUGUCGCUCCCGCCCCUGCUCUCAAAGCGGGGAAAGGAUUGAUGCCUUACCUCUUGAAAACUCUCCCGAAUCCAGAGAAACAGCAGAUGCUCCGAAACCUGUUUUCGAGACAGUCGCGUAACCAACUUAUUCCUGGAUCUAUCGUUACUGUCACUGUUGAACACGCGCCGUCGACGUUCACGGGAAUCCUGCUUGCGAUACGCCGUCGCGGAAACGAUUCCUCCAUCCUCCUGCGCAACGUUAUUCAGCGGACGGGAGUAGAAAUGCAAUUCUUCGUCAACUCCCCUCAUGUGAAGGAUAUCAAAGUCCUCCAGAAACCACCCAAGGGACGGAUGCGCCGCGCGAAAUUAUACUAUCUCCGGGAUGCACCGGACAAAAUGACUGCUCUCGCUGGCAACCGGAAGCUUCACUAGAGUGGUUCUGGUGCUCGCUCCGAAUCCUCCUGCCCGUGACACGUCAAGAACGGUGCCCUCGUUCUUGCAGUCUUGCGCUACCCGUCAUCGAAGUUCAUGUGGGUCCUACGUGGAGUGCAGUAUAUGCUCUGUCACAGACGACGUUGUAAUGGUUUGUGUGCGAGCCGUAGAUAGUAAUUCUCGCGAGCAACGUAGUAGGAACGUGUCUACCUUGUGUUUUUCUCCAUUUAACGCGCGACGCACACGCUUGUCUGGACCACCGUUCUAUUCUUCUUUCCUGCUAUGCACAUGUACAGGCGAGACAAAAUCAAGGAUAAAAGUUACAACAACAUCUGGUCGGUUAGGUCUUUUGCGGUAUCUUGGAAAGCGCGUUGAUCGCCAUCUUGCUUUCCACCUCCUUCCACCAUUAUGGCCCCUUCAUUCAUCAGGUCAAGGCGGACUAGCGCAAGAGGCCGCAGCCCUUCCCCUACAUUCUCUGAUACCACCAAUGCGUCGGCCAUGAACUUUGGUGUGAAUGGCCCGGAAAAGAUAAUAACUCGGACCCACCUCAAAGCCAGCAUCCUCGCAUACGAAAACUUAAUGUCUGCAAGCGCUCAGUAUCGGUCGGCUCUCGUGAGUUUAUCGAACGCUACGGCUGCCUUCGCGAAUGCUAUGGAGGCCGCGAGUGUACUGAGGGGGCCAUCUUAUGAAGCGGGAACGAGGUUACAAGCUGCGGCUGGCCUGCACCACCUCAUGGGAAACCAUUGGCAGGUUCUGGCGGAGACCCUGGACAAGAAGGUCGAGAAACCCUUGAAGCAGCAUCUCGACACUUACAAGACAAUUGUCGCUGAGCGCUCUGCAUCGUACGAACGGACCCUCAAGGAUAAGAGCCAGAUUAUACGGGAUACCGAAAUGAGGAACAUGAACAAGAAAGAGCGCAAUCUCCAAAGUUUCCGUGAGGCCCUGACUGUACUUCAGCGCCAAGUCGACGAUCUAGACGACCUCAAAGUCGCCCACUACCAGGAGAUUGUGGAGCAUGAGGAAGAAGUCUGGAACGUUGUGCAGGGCAAGGUGCAUCUGGCGUAUCAGAUGAUAUGUGCAUUGGCUAAACCUUUCAAGAUCUGCAUCGUGGUCCGGUCGACAAUGGACGUCUUCGACAAAUUCACAUCUAAAGCGUCGGAUCCUAUCAUCGAACCAAUGCUUCAAGCCAUUCCAGAUCCGUUCGAUUCGUAUGGCGCCCCACAACCUGAGGACCAGAUUUUCAGCAUCCUUGCGCCCCUUUCCAUUAUGACCAGCACGACUCCAACCACGGCCAGUCCGAUGCCGACACCUAUCCCCGAAUUAGACCAUACUGAGGGGCUGCCGGGCGAGUCGAACGCACCUCCAUGGAUGGUUCCGAACCCAACAACAGUCGCGUUCCCAUCGCUGUCUCCCGAAUGGGAAGAUCAACCUUCAUCACCGCCUCGAUCGAUCUCUCCGCCGUUCACCGGGAGGAAACAGAGCGCCACCACUGGUCGACACUCGCGAAAAUCUGAGUCGAUGCUUCGAAGUGUGCUCAUGCCUAUAGAUGAGUCUCGUUCGCGACAAGCCAGUGAAGAUCGCAGCGAGCCGCUAAGCAUCUCACCUCCUCCGCCGGAAGCGAACUCCUGGGCAUAUGUCUACGGACAUACGCCAUAUGAUUCCGAGUCGGCCAAGUCGGAUGGAGACACGCCCACGCUAUCCUCUUUCCCGCAUCUGAAUGGGUCUGAGCCAGAGCCUGUUGCGAGUUGAGGUGUUCGUUCAGAUUAUGCUGCCUAUGGUAUUAUAUGUCAUUAAAUCUAGUUUAUAUCCGUUGUACUUUUUC